GUGGUUUCAUGUUAAAUCCGUGUCAUAUGACUGCAAUGAUUUGUGCUAGGUGGACUAAAACUGCUCAAAGCUUAGGAAAGUUUAAACGUAAGAGAGAUUUUAGCUAAAAACUCUUCACAUUUCCUUCACAAAAAUUGUGCGAUCAUCCCAAAUCUGAAUGACAAUACUCAAGGCUGCUUCACCGGUUGCCGGCGAUCUCACCGCUUCUUCGGGCGGCGAAGUGAUCGCCGACAAGGAAGACGUUCUAAGUGAAAUUCUCCUCCGAUUACCCACAAAAUAUCUUCUCCAAUGCUGCUGCGUCUCCAAACACUGGCACUCUCUCAUCUCCGCUCCUCAUUUCCGCCGCCGUCACUGCCGCCGCCACGCCUCCACUUCCACCGCCACUGGUCUCUUGUUGUUCCGUACAUUCUCCUUCAAACAUCUUAUGGACCACCUCGUAUACUUCCCAAAUAAUUCCAACGACAAAAAUUGUUAUUCUAGAACCAUCCCUUCUUCCAUUCGUAGGUUUCAUUACCCUUUAGCCUUUUCAGGUUUUCAUCACCUUCAUUCUUGUAAUGGGUUGUUGUGUUUUGGACUUUUGUUGGCUCCUUGUGAAUGUAACCUUUAUGUUUAUAACCCAUGUACAUGCUCUUAUGCUUCUCUUUCACUGCCUAAAAAAUUUAGCCUCUCUACUAUUAAAGCUAUAAAUUUAGCAUUUGAUCCGUCAAGAUCCGAGUUUUAUAGAAUUAUUUGCAUAUAUGCUUAUAAUUCUGAAAAUGACAAUGACCCUUUUGGGGAUCACGUGUAUAAAAUCUUGAUUUAUGCUUCAGAAAGUGGUACAUGGAAGGAUACAGGAAAGGGUUUUAGUGAUAAAUAUGAUUACUUGUUGAAAAGGGGUGUGUUUUCGCGAGGUUGUAUUCAUUGGGUUGGCGAGAACAAGCCUUUUCUAGCAUUUGAUGUCGAGAAUGAGAGGUUUAGGACAAUGCCUAGUACUAGUGUUCCUGAAAAUGGGAGAAAGAUUUGUUAUUUUGGCGAUUGGGGCGGGCGCCUCCAUGUUAUUCAGGAAUGUGAUGGUGGAGCAGCUUCACUGGUGGAUGUAAUGGAGUUGCAGAAAGACUAUUCCGGGUGGUCGUUGAAGUAUCGCAUUGAUAUUGGUUAUCUUGGUAGGGGAAUUGGAGGUAAUGCUGAUGGUAUUAAGGUUGAUGUACUUUGUUUGGUCGAGGCAAAUGGAGAAGGGAAGACUAUGCUUAUAGUAUCAGCUCAAGGCAGAAUUUUAUCCUACGAUAUUGUUGACAGGACAUUUGAGGAAGUAUGUAAUGUCUCAAACUUUGCUUCUGUCAAGCAGGAUCCCUUAGAGUACAAGUAUAAAUGGGGUCAAGCCUUUCAACACUUUGAGACCCUUGCUUGUGUCUAAGAUUGCAUGCAUUGUUUCAAUCUCACUACUUGGCACUACUUAAGUGUAAUGUACUGAAGCAAGGAAUCAUGAUUUUCUAUAGCCAAUUUUAAUAUGUAGUUUGUACUUCGGGAAGCUAAUUCUGCUCUGACGUUGUCGUAGUAGUAUGUCAAAGUUCCUAUCUAGUAAAUGUAAUUGGUGAAACUCUGAUGGUUUGUUUCUCAUCCUCUGCUUACGUUCUUGUCUAGUUUGCAAGUAGAGGCGGUGAUCAUAUGUGUAAUCUACUACUGAAGACAGAAUGAAUGAGAAAUACCUGUUAUGACACCUGUUUAUGAUGAUCAUAUGUU